AUGGGGAAUAAUGAGAUUCGAAUAUCCAAACCCAUAAUUAAGGAAGGUUCAAUUCAUUCAAUCACGGACGGUCCGCCAAAUGAUACAUUUGCGACUUCACCGAAGGAAAGUAGUGCCAAAUCAAUCAAUUCAAAAAGAGCAAAACAGUGGAAGUUGAAAGCUGAUGAUAUAUAUUCAAAUUGGUCACUUGCUUCAUCAUUUCUGAGUAUUGAGAACAGAAAUACUAUUGAUUCUGUGAACAGCUCAGAAACACCUCAAAGGAAUACUAUGACCGAAUCAAGAUUCCUUGAUGCCGUGGAUAUUCACCAGAAGUGUCCAAAUGAUCCUAAUUUGGUUGAUGAACUAUUUUUAGAAGUGGUUACUACUUUAAAAAAAGAAAAUAAGGAAACGUAUUCCUCUUUCUUUUAUGACCCAAAGGUAUCCUUGUCCAUGGAAAAUAAAUGGGCAUUUAUAACAAAUUACCUCGUUAAAAAGAAUAAAGUGCUCGCCAUUAAAUGCAAUGAGUCCGAGACUGCGACGAAAUGUGCAGUCGCAUCUUACAUUGAAAAGCUGUUAGACAAAAUGCCGAAGUGUAGACAUGUAGAGUCCCUAGUGGUCGCUCUUCGCACUGAAUCUGUUACUUGGGUGCGUACUUUUUUAAUGAUGGAUGGUCAGGAUCUUUUACUUAAGAUUCUGAAUGACUUUCAUGAUUUAAAAUACUCCAAAAUCUUAGAUGCCAACCUGGAGUUAGCCGUUUUAAAAUGUAUCCGUUGCUUAAUGAAUCAUGAAGAAGGAAUCUCCUACUAUGUAGACAAAGAACACAUGAUAGAGCCCGUUCUUCAAUGUCUAUUAACGUCCAAGUUAUCCGUUAGGAAAACGUCCGCUGAAAUACUGACCUUUUUUUGUUACUGGAAUAAUCCAGUAGGCAUUAACAUUGUCUUACGAGGCAUCGAAUUAUUAUCGUCGAAAAACAAAAAUCCCGUAGAUAUCUUACCGCUAUGGCUGCAUCAUUGGGAGAUUGCAAUCGAUAACAGAGGAAAGCUUGGAAGUCUUGUCGGUGCUGGAAAAGACGCCCGGGAAGAAGGUAUUCGGUAUAACCAAAUGGUUCUUGAGUUUUGUGUGUCUCAGAUGUUGCUCAUCAAUGCUUUUCAGGAAAACUUCACUACGAGAGAGAUGUUAUACCAAUUCAAUCAAACAAUUAAAAAUUCUCGGUUUCAACGUAUACUUAAAAAAAUGAGUACUUUAAGAAAUCCGGAAAUUGAGAAACAGGUACAAAAGUAUUACUAUGUUGUUGAAAAUGCUUUUACCGACUUCAAAUCUAUAUCAAAUGAGCAUGAUUUAGGCUCUUCUGUGCUUAAAAUAUUUGAUAAUGAAGACUUGAACGGUCUUCUUAAACAAUUCCUCAAACAUUUUUUCAAACUGGUUAAAACUAACAAAGCUCCUUCUCGAAUAAUUAAACUUCUAGAUUGCUACGUUUUAAGCCUUCAACCAUUUUUUGAAAGCACUUUUGCUUCUCAAGUUGAUAGACUGCAUGAGGAAAUGACUACCGAUAGGUUUUUUCAGAAGAAUGAUGCUAACGAUUCUACAACCGACCGAAAAUCAACACAAUUCCGUGCCUCUAGAAGUGAAACUGCAACGCCAGACGCUAUGUAUGCUCCUGCUAAUGGUACAAUCUCUUCGGUCAUUGGAAAGGGACUCAAGGAAAUGGAAAAAAGCUAUAAUAAUUUGAAAAAAGGCUAUGAGGCCGACUUGACUUCGAUAGCGGAUUCUUUGAUUAGUCUGUUUCCGGAAAAAUUCUUAAGUCUUCAUGGCAAUGAAAACGAAGUUGUUUCCAUACUAAAAAAAAUGGCGAGAGAAGGAAACGUUGGGAAGACUGCCUCUCCGUAUGAAAGUUCUAACAAUUCAUUAGAACGGUUGGAAGAACGAGAAACUGUCAAUGACCCCAUAGGAACAGGUCGCCUAAAGAAGAAAGAGCUUGAACCGACCGACGAUUUACUAAAGCAAAGAAAGGAGCCCUCCAAUCAUUUCGGCAUCUUAAAUCCUAUUUUACGUGCAACUUCUAAACAAACUAGAUCAUUGCAACGCAACCGAUCUAGUAAAUGUAUGAAUUCGGGUAAAGGUAUCGAUUUAUCAAAGGCCAAUUCUAUCGCAUUUAAAGCUGAGCCUGUAUCCGCUGUAUCUAUCCAAUCUUUCGAUGUUCAUAUGAACAUAAACGAGGGCCCUAGUGGUAUCAGUGAUAAAUUGGAUAGUCUAAGUCCUAUAGUUUAUUUUCGCCGAAGUCCAGAUGCUAGCAAGUCGCCUGGCGAGAUUGAACAAGUAACUGAAGAAUCAAAGGAUACGAAUACAACGAGUGCUUUACCAAACAAACCAGAACAGAAACAAGUUGAUUCAAUUCCUGCUCCACCUAUCCCUCCGCCAGCUCCUCCUUUACCCCCAGUGCAGACGUCCCAAGCAAAAAAAAAUGAUGCUAAAUUUCCCACUAAUAAUUCUCUAAAGAUUCCUGAUGGCUUUGAAAUUAAAGAUAUUACCACGAAAGAUAUUUUUAAUGGUACGGUCGAGAAAAACAGUUUAGCAGGAAAAGAAAUGCCGCACUGGAAGUUAUAUUAUUCACCUUCCAAACGACUUAAACAACUGCACUGGAAAAAUUUGGAAGUACCAAUAGAGCGUACUCUAUGGAACAGACCUCUAGCUGAUCCAUUUGUUUUAAGUAUUAAAUUAGACUGUGAUGGCAUUUUGGGUAACCUUGAAAAUUGCUUUGCUAUGAGAGAAGUCAAAAAGCUGAAGAAAAAAAGUUCUUCUACUGACGGCUUUAUGCCUCCCGAAUUGCAACAGUACUUUGGAAUUCGAUUGCAUAGAUUUAUUUACUUAUCUUCAUUUGAAAUUGCUUCCAAGUUUUAUUACUGUGAUUCUGACAUAGUGGAAUUGAUUGAUUUCUUUGUGGAUAGAAAGCUGUUCUGUCAAGAUGCAUUGAAAAAAAACCUUUCUACUUUCCGUACUGCUUGGGAUAAUGGUGCACCUAAUUAUCAUAUGAAUUUGCAUCAACUUACGAAAUGGGAACAAGUAUAUGUACUAGUAAUAAUUGAUAUUGAGAAUUAUUAUGAGAAGAGGAUGAAGUCUCUAAAGGUUAUGACUGUUCUUGACCAAAGUCAUCGGGAUUUACAAAAGCAAAUAAGGAAAAUUCAUUGCACUUUACUUGAUAUAAAGACGAGUACAAAUCUCAAAUAUCUCUUGAACUUGAUAUUACUUCUAGGAAAUUAUAUGAACGACGUUCCUAGGCAAAGGCAAGGAUUCAAAAUCGACAGUUUACAGCGAUUAAGCAUGAUCAAGAACGAAGAAAACGGCUUGACAUUACUGCAUACUUUUGAAGGUAUCGUUCGUAAAUGUUUCCCCGAGCUAGAAGAAUUUCUUCACGAUUUGGCGAAUGUUCCGGAAGUUGUGAAAGUUAAUUUUGAGCAACUAGAGCAUGACUGCUUGAACCUUGAACAGUUAGUUAAAGAAGUUGAAGAAGAUUUUUCUGAGAAUGGUGCACUGUCUGAAAGGAAAAUUCUGCAUCCCAAUGAUCGUAUUCGUGAAGUAAUAGCACCAUGGAUACCUUCAGCAAAAAGUAUUACGGGAAAGUUGAAAUCAGACCUUAUGUCGAUGAAGGAGACUUUUGAGUGUACUUUAACCAUGUUUGGUGAAAACCCUGAUAGUCUAGCCUGCGGAAGCUACUUUUUUGAAAGUCUUCAUGAUUUUCUGAAGGAAUAUAAUAAAGUAAAACAGGCGAAUCUGAAGUUUGAAGAAGAAGAACGAAUUGCUCAUGUACGAUUAAAGGCUUUGGAAGCUACGGGUAAAAAAGAGUUGAUGCAAAGCACUUUACAAGAAACGACUAAAGAUGAAAGUGCCAUAAUGGAUAAUCUCUUGGAAAAGCUGAAAUCAGGAAAGUGUGAUGUAUCACGUCUUGUUGACUAUGAGGAAGAGCUUUUGGCUUUAGAUUUUCCUCAAAGCCGAAAUGAAGCUAGCCAAGAUCCGAAUGGAUCAAUGAAUCCGCUUACUAAACGUCCAAAGACGGUUGUUUUGAAAGCUCAAAACAUGCUGAAACAAUUAAAAUAA